UACACCGCCCCCCCUCCCCCGCCGGAGUAAGGAGGGACCCCUGCGUUGUUCCUCUGGGUGUCGGGACCCCCGUGUGCCCCCCGGGGCAGGACAGCCGCCUGCUGACACGCCCCCCCGCUGGGGCUCCCACCCCUCAGUACCCCAGCGCCCCCCGCCCCGCCGCUGCCCCGGGAGGGGCUCCGGGCCACCCCUGCUCUGCGGCCGCCGGUGCGGGGGCCCGGCGCGGCCCAGGGGGAUGCUGCAGUGUCCGAGUUCCCCCCCGUAAUGGGCUGAGCGGGGGCUCCGUGCCCGGAGGGAGGGGGGUCGAGCAGGGAGGGAGAGAGGAGGGGGUUGCGGCGAGGGCAGCCCCCAACCCUGCCCAGCUCCCGGCUCCGCGCCCCCCGCCCGUCCUCGCCGGGGGGCGGUGACGGGUGGAGCCGCCCGGGAGGGGCGGGGGCGGGGGGCGGCCGCAGACCGGCAGCGGCUGCGCCGCGGCAGCGGGAGCGGAGCCGGAGCCGGGGCUGGUCCUGGUCCUGGUCCUGCCCUGCCUGCCCGCAGCAGUCUGAGCACGACGCGGCGAUGGGCCGGGGGCGGCCGGGGGGCUGAGGGCGGUGGGGAGCGCGGGGGCCCGGCAGCAGCAUCAUGAGGGCGGGCGCAGAGGGUGGCAGGGAGGGCUCGGGGCUCUCCAGCCUGCGGGCCUUCGCUCACAGCUCCUCGCUGCACGGCAUCAGCCACGUCUUCGCCUACGGGGCCGUGUCGCUGCGCCGCGUGCUGUGGGGUGCCUUCUUCCUGGGCUCGCUGGGGUUGCUGCUGCUGGUCUGCGCCGAGCGUGUUGCCUACUUCCUCACCUACCCACAUGUCACCAAGCUGGACGAGGUGGCUGCCCACAACCUCACCUUCCCAGCCAUCACCAUCUGCAACCUCAAUGAGUUCCGCUUCUCCAAGAUCACCCGCAACGACAUGUACCACGUGGGCGAGCUGCUGGCGCUGCUCAACGACCGCUACGAGAUCAGCAACCCGCAGCUGGCCGAGCCCCACGUCCUGGCUGCCCUGCGCGACAAGGCCAACUUCAAGAACUUCAAGGCGAAGCCCUUCAGCAUGGCCGAGUUCUACAACCGCACUGGCCAUGACCUGGCCGACAUGCUGCUGCAGUGCUCCUUCCGCGGUGCUAACUGCACUGCCCGCAACUUCACCGUGAUCUUCACCCGCCUCGGCAAGUGCUACACCUUCAACUCGGGGGGGCCAGGCCGGGAGGUGCUGACCACGCUGCAGGGUGGUGCGGGGAACGGCCUGGAGCUGAUGCUCAACGUCCAGCAAGAGGAAUACCUGCCCGUCUGGGGGGACACGGACGAGACCUCCUACGAGGCAGGGGUGAAGGUGCAGAUCCAUAGCCAGGAGGAGCCCCCCUUCAUUGACCAGCUGGGCUUUGGUGUGGCACCUGGCUUCCAGACCUUCGUGUCCUGCCAGCAGCAGCGGCUGGUGUACCUGCCCCCACCCUGGGGGGACUGCAAGGCCACCCCCAUCGAGUCCGACUUCUUCACCAACUACAGCAUCACUGCCUGCCGCCUGGACUGCGAGACCCGCUACCUGGCUGAGAACUGCAACUGCCGCAUGGUGCACAUGCCGGGCAACGCCAACGUCUGCACCCCGGAGCAGUACAAGGAGUGUGCUGACCCCGCGCUGGACUUCCUGGUGAAGAAGGACAGCGAGUACUGUGCCUGCCGCACGCCCUGCGCCAUGGUGCGCUAUGGCAAAGAGCUUUCCAUGGUGAAGAUCCCCAGCAAGGCCUCAGCACGGUACCUGGCCAAGAAGUUCAACAAAACGGAGCAGUACAUCGCGGACAAUGUGCUGGUCCUGGACAUCUUCUUUGAGGCCCUGAACUACGAGAUGAUCGAGCAGAAGAAGGCGUAUGAGGUGGCGGGGCUGCUGGGCGACAUUGGAGGGCAGAUGGGGCUCUUCAUUGGUGCCAGCCUCCUCACCAUACUGGAGAUCUUUGACUACCUGUACGAGGUGUUCCGGUACAAACUCCUCAGCUUCUACAAGGAGAAAAAGAGGGCUCCCCGGAGCGACAGCAGCACCCUGGUAACACCCCUCCCCGACAGCCCCCUGCAGCCCCUCAUGGCUCAACCUGCCUGGUGCUGCACCCCCUCAGCACCCCCCAACCCCUCCGGGCUGCGACCGGGCCACCCUCUCCCCCCAACCCUGGCACAGGCGGCAAGGGGGAGGGGGGGGGGGAGGGGCGGUCCUCACACCUCAUCCCACCCAUUGCUGCUCGGCCUCAUCCCACUGGGACCCCCGCACUCAUUCGCUCCUCUCUGUCCGUCCGUCCGCCCGCCCAUCCUGCACCCACGCCGCCGGCCAGGAGCAUCCAGCGGUCCCGGGCAGCCCUGCUGUCCCGCUCCCUCCGGGGCCCAGAGCCCCCGUCCACCCCUGCGCUGCCACACGGACAGUCUCAGCUUCGCCCCGAACGUGCUACCUCGUCACCCGGCUCUAGGCGCCUUCGAGGAGUUUGCCUGCUGAGAGUCCAGCCCUGUGUCCCCCUGUUGGGCUGGGGGGGGGGUCCAGUGGGGCCCCCACCAGACUGCCCUGCCGGGACCUGGGGAGCCCAUGCGGCUGUGGAGCUGGCACCAGGCCCCAAGGUGCCCCGUUCUGGGCCUCCCACCACCACUGCCUGGGGGUGGUGGCAGUGGUGGUGGGUCCCUCCCGGCCCUCCUCCAGUGUACCUGCAUGCGCUGCUUGCGCCCACCCCCCUCCCCACUGCACUGUACAUUGCGACGCCUGCUCGCUGUGGCCCCCGCCCCAUUAAAGACCUG